GCAACAUAUAUCUAUCAUCAUAACAUUGUAUCGUUUAGUUGGUUGAGGAAUAUAAUGUCGUCUUUUGUGGUGUAUCUCUUCCUGUGUUUUUCUCUCAUGCAUGCAUGCACUGCCCGUCCACUUGGAAUGUUUGAUGAUAAUAAGGAAAAUGUUCUGCUCAUCUCUACCAAGGGUGCAAAGCUGUCGAUAAUGGAGGAUGGUGCAGUUUCCAUGGCUGAAACCAUAGAGGCUUUCAAGAAGAUUGAUGAUCAAGAAGACAAAGGUGGAAAUGAGGUUGCGACAUUUUCUCUUCAAGAAUUCUUGCAUGAAAAACUCGAAAUCAAGGGAUCACAGAAACGAGCACGGUCAACCUUAGAAUCUGUGGCACCACCGAGUGCAGAAGAAGAUGUGACCACCACCGGAGACAAUGACCCCGUGGAAGACGCCGUGGUUAUGGACUAUGCACAACCCCACCGCAAACCACCCAUCCACAACAGAUGAUAUUAUCCCACUAGCGGUGAAAUUGUUUCUAAAGUGGUAACUUAUUGUAUCACUAUUAAUUAUAACUCCACUCCUGUGUAGUACCCGUUAUGUCAAAGAGUUGAUUGGAAGGACCCGGUAUAUGUCCCUCUGGUUGACUAAUUGACACAUCAAAUAAUAUUUUUACAUUUUACUCGAAUGUGAAUUGAAUAACGUUGUUGUGCAGUGCUAUAAUAUAUGUCCACACCCGUAACCUUCAGUGGUGAGUAUGUAUUUAGUGGAAGUUGAGCAAUCAAGUCGUAGCUGGUACUUAUAAAAAUGUUGGUUGAGUGGCUGUCCUUUAUACUACGUGUUUGUAUCAAAUGUUAUGUGAAUGAACAAGAAAAUGCGUACGA